CAUCACAAUAAAAGCGAAAAUUUGGUUAUUUCACGUGAAACGCAACGCAUUAUAUCGUUAUUGUUCGCUCCUUCGAUGGUGACGGUGGCGAUGGAAGACAACGAAACCUGCGGCAGCGGAGUUCACCACCGCACGUCUUCUUCUUCAUCAAUUCCUGGACAAACUCGUCAUCACCGCCAGAAACUCGAAGUAUACAAUGAAAUUCUCCGUCGUCUUAACGAUUCCGGCAACGAAGAAGCUAUGCAACCUGGCUUCAGCGAUCAGCUUUGGGCUCACUUCAACCGUCUUCCUUCACGGUAUGCGUUAGAUGUGAAUGUGGAAAGGGCAGAAGAUGUUCUUAUGCAUAAGAGAUUACUACAUUUAGCACAUGAUCCUGCUAAUAGACCUCAAAUUGAAAUUCGCUUAGUUCAGCUUCAUUCCUCAUCAGAUGAGAACACACCCGACACUUUCCAAUCAUAUGCUCCUGGCGAGGAUUCUGUUCAAAGCUCUUUGAAGUACUCAAGCAGACAGGGUAUACAUCCACCUCCUGCUUUUGGUUCUUCUCCUAAUCUUGAAGCACUGGCUCUUGAAGAAAAUGAUUCCAAUGACUUAGAAGAGGAGCGAUCUUUGCAUGACAGUAGGCCCAUGCAUGAAAUCACCUUCUCAACAGAUGACAAGCCAAAGCUUCUCAGCCAGUUAACUGCUUUGCUUGCUGAGGUUGGACUGAACAUCCAAGAAGCACAUGCUUUUUCCACAAAUGAUGGUUACUCUUUAGAUGUGUUUGUUGUUGAAGGAUGGCCCUAUGAGGAAACAGAGAAGCUAAAAGAAACUUUGGAAAAAGAAGUCUUGAAGAUUGAGAGACUUGAGAGGUCCAGUCAUCAAUCAAUAUCAUCUGUUGAUGAGCGAGAUCAAGCAAGGAUGAAAAAUGGACUGGAUCAUUUGACAAUUCCAAACGAUGGGACAGAUGUUUGGGAAAUAGAUCCAAAACAUUUGAAAUAUGGAACUCAAAUUGCAGCUGCGUCAUACGGUGAACUAUUUAAAGGUACAUAUUGUAGUCAGGAAGUAGCCAUCAAAGUUCUUAAGGCUGAGCAUGUAAGUUCAGAAAUGCAGAAAGAGUUUGCUCAGGAAGUCUACAUCAUGAGAAAGGUUCGACACAAGAAUGUUGUGCAAUUCAUGGGAGCAUGUACCAAGCCCCCACGCUUAUGCAUAGUUACAGAGUUUAUGUCUGGUGGAAGUGUGUAUGACUACCUACAUAAGCAGAAAGGGUUUUUCAAAUUUCCUACCCUGCUCAAAGUUGCAAUUGAUGUUUCUAAAGGAAUGAACUACUUGCACCAACAUAACAUAAUCCAUAGAGACUUGAAGACUGCCAAUCUUUUGAUGGAUGAAAAUGGUGUUGUAAAGGUCGCCGAUUUUGGGGUUGCUAGAGUGAAAACUCAGUCCGGAGUUAUGACAGCAGAAACUGGGACAUAUCGUUGGAUGGCUCCUGAGGUUAUAGAACACAAGCCAUAUGAUCACAAGGCAGAUGUAUUUAGUUUUGGAGUUGUUUUAUGGGAGUUGCUCACUGGGAAGCUUCCAUACGAAUAUUUGACCCCUCUACAGGCAGCAAUAGGAGUGGUUCAGAAGGGUUUACGGCCCACCAUCCCCAAGGGCACCAACACAAAGUUUGUUCAAAUUCUUGAGACGUCUUGGCAGCAAGAUCCAACUUUAAGACCCGAUUUCUCUGAAAUCAUCGAGAUCCUGCAGCAGUUGGCUAAGGAGGUUGGAGAUGAAGGAGAGGGGCGCAAGGACAAAUCCGGAGGAUUCCUGUCUGUCCUCAGACGAGGUCAUCACUAAGUUUUUGAACCGAUGACAUCCACGUCUUUGUUAUAGAUAGGAUCAACCAUAGUGGCCAUUUCACUUUUUUUACAUUGACAUGUACAGUUUUCUUCAUAAUAUCUGAUUGUUUUUAUAUUAGAUAGAUUAGAUUUAAUUUCUCACGAUAUAAGCAUUUUGAAAAUGACUAGUUACACAUUCCUUAGUUUUACGAUGUUUUUUUUAUCUGUAAAAAAGAGGUCAUGAUAUCAUGAAUGCAUAAUGUAAAAUCAGUGAUGCCUCUUUUCAGCUAAAUGUUGCUAAUUAAUUAUGAUAGUAGACGUUUUUCCAGUUAACUGCAUGGAUCUUGAGGCUUCUAAUCAAUUAAUUGUAAUCUUUGUUAACACGAGUCAUGAAAGACGUGUUUGGAAUUGGAUAAACAAUAUGUAUUCAUGAAAUGGAUGAGGAAGGAUUGAGGUCAUGUUACAGUCAGCACCUCGACGAUUUAGAUCUUUAA